AUGGGGAUGAUCAGAGCCUCCAACAUCACUGCAACGCCGUACCCCUCCUCCUCCACCGCCUCCUCCCCCACCUCCUCCUCCUCCUCCUCUCCCACCUCCGCCGCCGCCUGCAGCAUCGACGAGUCCUACAAAUACGUCUUCCUCCCCGUCUGCUACUCGCUCACCUUCCUCUUCAGCGUGACGCUCAACUCGGUGGUGCUGCUGCGCUCCUGCCGGCACCACGGGGGCUGCCGUCGCCGCGGCAACGGCGGCGGCAACGGCGGCGGCGGCGGAGGCGGGCGGCGCUGGAACACCUCCCUGAUCUACAUGGUGAACCUGGCCACCACCGACCUGAUGUACGGCCUGUCGCUGCCCUUCCUGGUGGCCAGCUACAUGCUGCACGACCACUGGGUGUUUGGGGACUUCAUGUGCCGUCUGGUGCGCUUCCUGUUCUACUUCAACCUCUACUGCUCCAUCUUCUUCCUCACCUGCAUCUCCGUACACAGGUACCUGGGCAUCUGCCACCCCAUGAGGACCAUUACCCUGGAGAGCAAAAGGGCCGUGAAGAGCACCUGUGUGCUGGUGUGGCUGGUGGUGUUCAUCCUCACCUGCCCCAUCUUCCGCUUCGCCCAGACGGGCUUCGUCGCCCGGUCGGACGUCCCGGGCGGGGCGGGCGGGGCCUUGGGCAACGCCACCGGGCUCCCGGAGGGCUACAUCAACUGCUGGGACGACGCCAUCGACGAGGAGUUCUCCGACUACGUCCCGUACGGCAUGGUGCUCCACCUGCUGGGCUUCUUCGUGCCCUUCAGCAUCAUCGCGUGGUGCUACUCCCAGGUGGUGCGCACCAUCUUCCGGACGCUGCGCUCGCCGCCCAGCUCCGUGGGGGGUUACGAGGACGGGGUGGUGUCGGGGGACGGCGGGCUGGGCUCCAGCGGCGCCCGGGAGCGCACCUCGGUGUCCAUCUCGGGCUCCCAGCACUCCCACUACAUCCGGCGGCGGCGCAAGUCCAUCAAGACCAUCGUGACCAUCACGCUGCUGUUCGCGCUCUGCUUCCUGCCGUUCCACGUGACGCGGACGCUGUUCCUGCUGCUGCGGCGCGGCCAGGCGGGCAGCUGCAACGCCAUGAAGGCCGUGUCCAUCUGCUACAAGGUGACGCGCCCGCUGGCCUCCUGCAACGCCUGGCUCAACGCCCUGCUCUACUUCCUGACGGGGGACAAGGGCCCCCCGUGCUGCUCGGCCCAGGGGCCCUCGCGGCCGCACCCCGACCGGCGCAACGGGGCCCUCUGGUGGCCCCUGAAGAUCCUGAAGAAGGAGGGGGCGGCCGGGGAGGAGGAGCCGCAGGGGGAGGAGAGGGGGGAGAGGAGGGAGAGGAGGGAGAGGGAGGAGAGAGAGAUGAGGUUGGAGAACGAGUCCAAGUCUUCCAGGGUUAUCUUCUAAGAGGAAGUGCGGCAUAAGAGGAAGUGAUUGUAGAUUAUGCAGCAAGGACAACAAAGCAACGGUUUAUUAAUGGGCCAUUAGCACACUAUUAGUGAUAGCCUUGAGUGCAGGUCAAUAACCCCCCUAAAUAAACCAGAUACAGUCAAGGUAGCGUAGCAUGGUUUGCUAUAGCGGAGAUGGUUUCCUAGACUGGUGAAGCUGGAUUUAUGUGGCCCUUUGACAGGUGCACUGUAUGUUUAAUUCAUGCAAAGUUGUCGAAUUUGAUUUAAGGUCAGGCACCCUCUAAGUGUUUUCUGAUAGCAAAACAGGUUGAAAUGUCAGCUUCAAAUUGUGUAUCGUGUUCAUAUGUAACGGCCAGUGUGUGAAAACGGGGACGUCUUUUCAUUGGUCCUCUGGUUCAGCUGGAGUUCAUACCUUUAGUUUGGAAGUUCCAGGUCAGCACAGCCUUAAGUUGGCUCUGUGCCUUGUUUAUGGUUUACAUAUGUUGUUCUGAAGACAGCAAUUAUUAGCCAAGUUAAUUAUAUAUCUGGUCAUCUGGAGGUGACACAUUCGCCAGCUUAUUCAUAAAAAACACAUCCAGUCCUUGCUGAGUCACCUCUUUUUGGCAAUAAGGACAGCCACUCUCUUACUACUACAGGACAUUUCCUAAUGUCCUUUUUGUACAUCGCGUUAUGUAAUUAUCUUGAUGAUCAUGUGACUGGGGUUGUCUAAUACUGGGUUGUGGAAGCAGGGUAUUGUUUACUGCUAUGUCUACGACUACUGCUAAUACUAUGUCUACUACUACUACUACUACGUCUACGAAUACUGCUACCACUACUACUAAGUCUAGUACUACUACAACGGCUACUACUACUACUACUACGACGACAUGUUAUAAUUGUUUACUACCAAAAUAAAAUAUGGACUACUCGAAAUGUCAGCCUUCUAUGAAACAAAUACAUUGAAAACACAUUGAUUCCAUGUAUAGAAAUGACCGGGGAAAUAUCUAUAGGAUAGUUAUGUGUGUCAUGUAAUAACUUGAUAAAUACAUGAUGGGAUCAAGGAAAAAUAUUGAGAGGAACACAUGUUGCAUUGGGGUCGAGUAACUUAGGGAAUUAAUUGGGUAAUACCUUACAAUAAGGAUACAUUAGGUAAGCAUUACCGUAUUGGUCCGAAUAUAAGACUUUUUUC